AUGGCAGAUUUGCAAACUGUACGUUCUGAAGUGAAUAGCGCUUUCAAACUGAACGGGUUUACAAUUAGAAAGGAAGCAAGUACUUUUGUUGCUGAACAAGUGGCUGCGGUGUCAAAAGAGGAACGUAAAAGAAUUCUUGAUAAAUUAAUAGAACAUAUUUUACAUCAAUGUCUGUCUCAACCAGUAUUAGAGAAGCAGCACCUAGAAGUGGCUUACAAAGAAUGUUUGUCAUCGGGUCUUGAAGAGAGUGAGACUAUACUAAAUGUCAUCGAUGCAUUAAAUGUCCCCAAGCUGCGUUAUGAUAGCGAUAGAAAGAAGUUUACUAAAGAAAUUAAUGUUAAGAAUAAUUUAUAUCCCGAACCAAAGUGGCAGGCACAGCUUUUUAUUGAAAGGUACACGAUAAUUCAGCAGAGAACAUCACGUAAUAAACUAUUUGCUAGAGAAGCUUUGCCGUCCAUGGAAAAUGAGAAUCGAUUUCAGUUACGGACUAUUGAGGUUUUACAAAGUUCUUCAAGCCGAGUGGAUGAAGUUAUAGUUCUGGGUCUUAUAACACAAUUGACCGAGGGUAAAUACUAUUUAGAAGACCCGACAGGCAGUGUUCCUUUAGAUAUGAGUCAAACUCGAUAUCAUUCCGGUUUGUUUACUGAGAGUAGUUUUGUUUUAGCCGAGGGGUAUUAUGAUGAUAAAGUUUUACAUGUAAUGGGUCUAGUAUUACCACCUUCCGAGACUCGUGAAACAUCAUUACCAUAUUUUGGUAAUUUAAAUACAUUUGGAGGUAAAUCGAAAACUUUAUUGAAGCAUUCACAGAAUUUACUUAAGAUUGAAAAGGAGAAUGAAGAUGGUAUGAUAAUAUUUCUAUCCGAAGUUUGGUUCGACAAUAUAAAAGUGAUAUCAAAGUUAAAAACAUUAUUUUCUGGUUAUAAUGAUUUUCCUCCUAUAGCUAUAGUGUUUAUGGGUGAAUUUCUAUCCUGUCCAUAUGGAUAUGAGCAUAGUACACAAUUAAAAGCUGCUCUUGGUAACUUAUGUGAUAUGAUUCUUCCCUUCAAAAAGCUUAGAGAAUCAUGUAAGUUUAUAUUCGUUCCGGGCAGAGGCGACCCCGCUGCUCCUAACAUAUUACCUCGUCCAGCUAUACCGAAUUUCAUCACACAAGAUAUUAAAAACAAAUUGGGGGAUUCAGUUAUUUUUACAUCAAAUCCAUGCAGAAUUCAAUACUGUACACAGGAAAUUGUUGUUAUAAGACAGGAUUUAGUGACAAAGAUGUGUAGGAAUUCUGUUCAUUUUCCUGAUGCGGGCGACAUACCAGAUCAUUUAACGAAGACUUUGUUGAGCCAAUGUACAUUAUCACCUUUAUCGUUAGCAGUUCAACCUAUAUAUUGGAAACAUGCGGAUUCUUUGAGUUUAUAUCCAAUGCCCGAUUUAGUGGUUGUGGCUGAUAGCUUCCAACCUUAUACGAGAUCAUACCAGAAUUGCCAAAUAAUUAACCCUGGGUCUUUCCCACAUACAGAAUACUCGUUUAAAGUUUAUGUACCAGCGUCAAGACUCGUUGAAGAUUCACAAAUACCUAAUGAAGAUACUUGA